GGAGGUUGUGUUUGGCAUUACGCGAUACGACACGCAUACAGGCAUCAUUUCGGACGCCGUAUCGCCGUCGUCACCUCCUCCGCGCACGACGUUUCCUGUACCGAUGUGAUAUGGACUUAUCGGUGAUGUCUACCAUGCAUAUACGUCAGUGCAUUAUAAAGCAGAAUGGAGAAAGCCUCAAUACUCGAACCGCUUGCUGAUGCAUUCGUAAUAAUUGUCUACUUGGAGAUAACGUUUUAUACGCUUAGCAGUAUGCACAGACAGCAUCAGCAGUAGUGAGACAGAGUCGAAUCAGAUAACAUCAAGCUGGAAGUUAUCCAUUUUUCAGAUCCAGAUCUCUGAAUUGAAGAGUUUAUAUCAUAUCAAGUAACAAAGACUUAUUCACUCUAUUGCAUUUAAAUAAAAAAUUGGUAUUGUUUACCAAUUUUUUGGACUAUACAUAAAAAUAAAAAGGAAAAAAUAUACUUCAAAGAUUAUUUAUCUUUUUGUAAUUAACAAGCUUACAAAAUGGCCUUGAUGAGUUUUUUGUCUUAUCAAAACAUCCUGUUUAUCGGAGAGCAGUAACAAAAUAAUAUAUCAUCCAUUCUUAGAAGCAAAAAUGAGUACGAACAAGACUAUAAUCUAUACUAAAGUCUUUAUAACAUUGUUGAGCUGAAUUGCAAUUUGUUAUAUAUCAUGGUGCAACAGCGGCUUUCUGGUUUUGAUGGUGGUCGAAGUGGACGGCGGUUUAUAUUAACACUUGCUGCUGGAAUGGUUUUCGGCUUUCUAUCAGCAUGUUUGCUCAUUACAACCACAAGAGAUGUACCGCAUAUGUUUAAUUGGAUGCCGGGUAAUUCUCGUCUUUCUAGAGAUCCUCAUCAUUAUUCGGAACUGGAGACAGAAAUCGGUCCUGAAACAGAAGUGAAAUUUCACGGUGAUGAUGAAGAUUUUCAUAAAGGAGAAGAUAAAAUAGCUCAAGAUAUGGCGAAAAAGGUGCGAGUUCUUUGUUGGAUUAUGACCGGUCCGAAGAACCACCAGAGCAAGGCUCGUCACGUGAAAGCGACAUGGGGAAAACGCUGUAACAUACUUCUCUUUAUGAGUUCCGCGGAAGACGCUAGCUUACCUACUGUAGUGCUGCCAGUAAAGGAAGGUAGAGAUAACUUGUGGGCUAAAACCAAAGAAGCGUUUAAAUACGCUUACGAAAAGUACAAAGAUAAAGUAGAUUGGUUCAUGAAAGCCGACGAUGAUACAUAUGUCGUAGUCGAAAACUUACGAUACAUGCUAUCAUCGUACAAUCCGAAUUCGUCAUUAUAUUUCGGCUGCAGAUUUAAGCCUUUCGUGAAACAAGGCUAUAUGAGCGGCGGCGCGGGAUAUGUACUUAGUAAAGAAGGUUUACGUAAAUUCGUGGAGGAGGGUUUACCCGAUAAGACGAAAUGCCGGCCGGACAAUGGCGGUGCGGAGGACGUAGAGAUGGGGAAAUGUCUUGAAAAGGUCGGUGUACGCGCGAUGGAUAGUAGAGAUCCCCAUGGACGGGGUAGAUUCUUUCCGUUCGUGCCGGAACACCACUUGAUACCCAAUCACGUGGAUAAGAAUUUUUGGUACUGGAAGUACAUUUACUACGAAACCAAGGACGGUUUGAACUGCUGUUCGGACAGCGCUGUUUCGUUUCACUACGUGUCACCGAACAUGAUGUACGUCCUCGAGUAUCUGAUUUAUCAUUUGAGGCCAUACGGCAUCAAUCACAGUUUGGAGAAGUCCUCUCCAGAUCGGCCGUCUACGUUGACCGAAUACUAGUCCGUACACUGUCGUAAAUAGAUCGUAAGGUUCUAUAAUUUUUAUUUUAUACAUGAUACUAGUCCAUUCAAGCCAACGAUAUGAGUGUAAUAUAUACUCUUGAAGAAUAAAAAGUGUGAUAUAUCGUACUU